UCAUCGGCCAGAUUUUACUGUCAAAGUCAAUUUGUCAGUAGAAAAUCUAAAUAAAACAAACAAUAUUUGUAUUAUUUUCUAAAAAAAUUGUAAUAAGUUUUCAACAUGGGUUUAUUCGGCAAAUCACCAGACAAAAACCCUAAAGAAAUGGUAAACGAAUGGUCCCAUAAAUUAAGAAAAGAAGGCUAUAAUUUAGACAGGCAAAUACGAGCUAUUCAACGUGAAGAGGAAAAAAUAAAACGAUCUCUCAAGGAAGCUGCAGCAAAAAAUGAUAAACAAGUGUGUACAAUAUUGGCUAAAGAAAUUAUAAGAUCAAGGAAAGCUGUUAGUAAAAUAUACACAAGCAAAGCCCACCUAAAUUCUGUACAGAUGCAAAUGAAGAACCAAUUGGCAACAUUAAGAGUGGCUGGAUCCUUACAGAAAUCAACUGAGGUGAUGCAAGCGAUGCAGGCCUUACUCCGAUUACCAGAAAUCGCUCAGACAAUGCAGGAUUUAAGUAAAGAGAUGAUGAAGGCGGGUAUCAUCGAGGAGAUGCUUGACGAGACUAUGUCUAGCAUGGAGGAUGAAGAGGAAAUGGAGGAGGCUGCGCAGACUGAAGUUGAUAAGGUGCUAUGGGAGCUCACACAAGGCAAGCUGGGCGAAGCGCCGGCGCCUCCCACGGCGGUUGGAGCACCCUCCACUAGUCAAGAGACGCAAGAGCCAGAUGAGAGCGAACUGGAUGAAAUGCAGACACGGUUGCAGGCGUUACGGUCUUAGGUAGAUGAUUCGAUGUCGUCGAGAUGUGGAAAUGCCUUUAACACUAUUAUUACUUACUAUAAGAGAGAAUGUUGUAAGUCACGUUGUUGUGCGUUAAAUAUUUAUUUCGUACUUUAAUAAAUGUUGUGAAAUUACUUGAAUUUCAAUAUUUCAUAAAAAAAAUAAGAUUUCAGUAUUCUUGUGAUUGUUUGCUUAUUGUUCAUAGUUUCAUUACUAUGUGUUAAAAAUAUAUAAAAAAACCUAUUUAAAAAUCUCACACUAUAUCUCUUUGGUUCGUAACAAGUUAUAACGAAUUAAUUUUAAUUAAAAAGAUGAUGUAUUUAUAUAUUUUUGUGUAUUGUUGUGAUAAUUGUUUACAAAAUAAAACUGCUAUUAACA